CCGGCCGGCGGAGGGAGGACGCCCCGCGCGCCCAGAGUCCCGGCCGCUUGCUCUGCCCCCCUGACCCGGGCAGGUCCUCGCGGCCCGGCCGGAACAUGCUGGACGGCCUGAAGAUGGAGGAGAACUUCCAAAGCGCCAUCGAGACCUCGGCCUCCUUCUCUUCCUUGCUGGGCAGAGCCGUGAGCCCUAAGUCUGUCUGCGAGGGCUGUCAACGGGUCAUCUCGGACAGGUUUCUGCUGCGGCUCAACGACAGCUUUUGGCACGAGCACUGCGUGCAGUGCGCCUCCUGCAAAGAGCCCCUGGAGACCACGUGCUUCUACCGGGACAAGAAGCUCUACUGCAAGUAUGACUACGAGAAGCUGUUUGCUGUCAAAUGUGGGGGCUGCUUCGAGGCCAUCGCCCCCAGCGAGUUUGUCAUGCGGGCGCAGAAGAGUGUGUACCACCUGAGCUGCUUCUGCUGCUGCGUCUGUGAGCGGCAGCUCCAGAAGGGCGACGAGUUUGUCCUGAAGGAGGGGCAGCUGCUGUGCAAAGGGGACUACGAGAAGGAGCGGGAGCUGCUCAGCCUGGUGAGCCCAGCGGCGUCUGACUCCGGCAAAAGUGAUGAUGAAGAAAGCCUUUGCAAGUCUGCCCACGGGGCAGGGAAAGGAGCCGCUGAGGACGGCAAGGACCAUAAGCGCCCCAAACGUCCCAGAACCAUCCUGACAACCCAGCAGAGGAGAGCGUUCAAGGCCUCCUUCGAGGUGUCGUCCAAGCCCUGCAGGAAGGUGAGGGAGACUCUGGCUGCAGAGACAGGGCUGAGCGUCCGUGUGGUGCAAGUGUGGUUCCAGAACCAGCGAGCUAAGAUGAAGAAGCUGGCCCGACGGCAGCAGCAGCAGCAGCAAGACCAGCAGAACAGCCAGAGGCUGAGCUCCGCAGGGCACGCGGGGCUGCAUGUGGUGAUCAGCCGUCUUCUUUGUCCCACAGCUCAGACGAAUGGUGGUGGGAGUGCGGGCAUGGAAGGGAUCAUGAACCCCUACACGGCUCUGCCCACCCCACAGCAGCUCCUGGCCAUCGAGCAGAGUGUCUACAGCUCGGACCCCUUCCGACAGGGCCUUACCCCACCGCAGAUGCCUGGAGACCACAUGCAUCCCUAUGGUGCGGAGCCCCUUUUCCACGACCUGGAUAGUGACGACACCUCCCUCAGUAACCUGGGUGACUGUUUCCUGGCAACCUCAGAAGCCGGGCCCCUGCAGCCCAGGGUGGGGAACCCCAUUGACCACCUGUACUCCAUGCAGAAUUCUUACUUCACCUCUUGAGUCCUCCCUUCGAGCUGGUGGCUAGGCUCCCGUAGGGGACACCCGUAUCUGUGAGGGGUUGCUGGCUUGAGGACGGGGGGGCCGGGAAGAGGUGGGCUUGGGAGGGGCUUUUGUCGGGGAUGCUGUUGUAUGACGCUCUGGGCGUUUCCAAAGACCGAAUACAUAACGAUCGCAUAGUUUAACGUUUCUAAGAAGAGUCUUAGCGGUAGGUCUGAAGACGUGUUUAUCACCGAGGACAGGGCCUUUUACUGUAGACAUUCGCGUGCAGACUAGGUACCUAGAGACUCCUAACAACUUCCCAGCGUUCUGGGGAAGCUCUUGUCAGAGGGGCACACAUCUGUCCCUCCGUACACCCAUAGACAGGCGGGCAGACAGACGGAUGUGUGCGUGCGUAUGUAGCCUUCCAGGCUUUCCCAUCGAAGUCUAUUCCUACCUAUGGCAGACACCAACUGUACAGCAAAAGUGACUUUAUUUUCAGUGUGAGCUAUAUUUAAGGAAAUGCUUGAUGCACUUAAGUUAUAAAAUGAGAUAAUUUACUUUUAUAUACUUUAUUUUUAGUUCGAAGGGCCUUGUUGGCAGGGUGGAGGGGGCUGCUCGACCCGGGUGCACAGCUCCGAGGGUCUCACUUAGCUCUGCGGUCAGGGCGUGUCGCCGAGGUCUGGGCAGCCACUCUGUGUGGCUGGCAGUGUCUCUCGUGAGUGUUUGCUCUCGGUGGGGUGGAGUCACUGGGUUUGGGGGACAGAGCAAUCCCCGACCACGUUCUUAGAAAGUCUAAAGCCCAGACUCUUCGGCUCUUUUAGAUUCUGACAUGUGGUUGUUGGUGGUGCAGGGAAAGUCAGUUCUGUACUCAAGCGUCAUUAUCUUAAGUGUGGGGUGAGGCUGGCAGUGUGGACCCCCUCACUGUGGGACGCGCGAGCAGGGCUGGGACGAGCCUCUGAGAUCUGCUGAAAAUACAACCAGACCGGUCACAUAGCGAAGGAGGACCUCUGGGGAUGCAGAGCAGGAGGGCUUCUGGGGCCCAGGGACAACUCUGCCUGCCAAGGGCCCUUGUGCAAAGCCUCGGCUGCAGACACCAGCGCAGGGCAGCCAGGGGGAUGCCAGGGUCCUUCAGGCAGGAGGAGGCUAUGGCUGAGGGUUCAGUGCAGGACGUCGUGGCUUCCAGACCAGGGGUGGAAAGCUGCGGCCUGCGUGCCUAUGUUUAUGGCCUGCCAGCUAAGAAUGGUUUUUACAGUUUUAAAAGAAAGGAAAAGAGAAGGAGAAUAUGCAACAGAGUGUGUGUGGUCCCGAAAGCCUGAAAUGCUAUUUGUGCUGUCUGGCUCUUUUCAUCUAAAGGGUGCUGAGCCCUGUUCUAGGGGGUCUGUUUCUGAGCACCCUCUUAGAGCUCCCAGAGGUGCAUGGGUUCAGGGCCACCCACGGCCCCUCCUUCAGGCUCACUUUUCUGACCCUGAGCACAGAGGGCCCAGCUGCCAUUGUACACGGGGACGGUGCCACAUCCCGUUCCCCGUUGUGGUGCUAGAAUGGGCUGCUUCUGUGCGAGGAGGCCUGAGGAACCAGAGCCAGGGUUGGGGAAGGCGGGGCCAGCUCGGCCUCCUCUGGGGUGGGGUGGGCCGGGACAGCCUGGCUUCACUGCUGGGACGUCGGAGCCUUGGACAAGUGGCUCGUCCCCAUCAAUGUCUGCCAGGCAAGAGGGACACAUCCCCUUACGGUAGCGUCUGUGUUGUGUGAUUUUGUGCUCUUGUUUAUAAUUUAUGCAAGCCCCCCAGAAACCCCAACCGGUCUGGCAAGUGGGGAUCGGGCAGACGCUGUGGGGCCCCGCAGACCUCUGUGGAAAAGGUCCGCUGAAGAAUGUAGCAGAUACGAUGUGGGUGAGCGCGUAGAGAUCCUUAUUCCACUCCUCAACCUUGGCAAACGAAGAUGAAAUUAAAAACCUCUUACAAACAA